AGUAAAAGUGAUAUAUCUACAGGGGCCAAAAACGUAAUUUACUCUAUUGAAAAAAAUAUCUCAAACAGUUGGCUGUUUCUCUCUUGAUGAACUUUCUGAUACAAACAAGAUCACCAUCUCUGGCCUACUGCUACUCUUUAGUUGUGGGCGGUGGCAGAUUACAGGACGCUUGAAACAAAACUUGUUGACACUAAUUACCAGCAGCACCGUGCAAUUUGCUACUGAAAGAUUCAAGCUAUCUAUCUACAAUUGCUUCUAGUUUUUCUGUUUCUUCUGUCAGGUUUUAUUUCUUUAAUCGAUACAAAAUGUCUUACAUGGAUGAUUUUAGACACCUCGAAAUCCAACUUGAAGAUGUAAAGGCGGCUACCAACAAUUUUAGCGACAAGCCUAUCGGAAGUGGUGGGUUUGGAGCUGUGUACAAAGGAGAACUCCAUCUCCCGAAGGGACGGAGAACGGUCGCCUUUAAGCGCUUAGACCGUAAAUAUGGACAAGGUGAUGUUGAGUUUUGGAAAGAGAUCACGUUGCUUUCUGAAUUGAAUCACGAAAAUUUGGCCUCCCUCUUGCAUUUUUGUAGGGAGGGUGAUGAGAGAAUCCUUGUAUACGAGUAUGCAUCUCAUCAGAGCCUUGAUCGCUAUCUUGAUAAAGGAAGCCUCACAUGGAUCCAACGUCUCCAAAUAUGUCUUGGGGCUGCAAAAGGAAUUGCCUACCUUCAUGAUCCAAAGAAGACGCAACAAAGGGUUCUUCACCGUGACAUCAAAAGCUCCAAUAUCCUUCUGGAUGAUAAAUGGACUGCUAAAGUUUCAGAUUUUGGCCUAUCAAAAAUCACUCCUGCCAACCAACCACGUACAUAUCUAGUGUCUAGUAUCGUAGGUACACCUGGAUAUUGUGAUCCAUCGUAUUAUGAUACAGGUAUUCUUUCAAAAGAGUGUGAUGUAUAUUCUUUUGGAGUGGUGUUGUUUGAAGUAAUGUGCGGAAGAUUAUGUUGUGAAUUUGAUAAGGAUAAGCUCAUAUGCAUUUUAGUGAAUACAUGGAGAAAUCGUUGCCAUGAAGACAGACUAGACGAUAUUAUAUUCCCUGAUUUAAAGCGACAAAUAAAUCAGGAAGCUUUGUCUACGUUUGCCACCAUCGCUUUGCGGUGUUUAAAUAGAGAUCAUAAGAAAAGACCAAAAAUGGUGGAGAUCGUCAAAGAACUUGAGAUCACGCUUUAUCAUCAACAGAACUCUAAACUACACAAAGCCAAUCUGACCAAGACGCCAACACCCUACGGAUUCAUGGAAGAAUAUGAUUACCUCAAAAUUGGAUUGAAAGAUAUAGAAGUGGCGACUAACAGCUUCUCUGACUACAAACUAGUUGCACGUGGUGGGUUUGGAAAGGUAUACAUAGGAGAACUCUCUCUACUAGGGGGAAAAAGCCUGGUCUGUUUUAAGCGAUUAGAUCGUAGAUUCGGGCAAGGUGAUGUUGAGUUUUGGAAAGAGGUCUCAUUUCUUUCUAAAUACAAACAUGAAAAUUUGGUCUCUCUCUUGAACUUUUGUGAUGACAGUCAUGAAAGGAUCCUUGUGUAUAACUGUGCAUCUCGUGGGAGUCUCGAUAGGUAUGUUAGUGACCCAGGUCUCACGUGGACCCAACGCUUGAAGAUAUGUGUUGGGGUUGCUAAUGCAAUGAACUAUCUUCAUGUUCCUCACGACAGAAAACACAGAGUUAUACACCGAAACAUUAAAAGUUCGAACAUACUUUUGAAUGACGAUUGGACUUCAAUGGUUUCUGAUUUUACUCAAUCAAAAAUUGUCUCAGAAAAAGAAAGCGAAGAUUAUGCUAUUUCAGAAGUAGUUGGCACAAAUGGAUACUGUGAUCCGUUGUAUAUGGAGACAGGUAACCUAACAAAAGAGUCUGAUGUGUACUCUUUUGGAGUGGUGUUGUUUGAAUUAUUGUGUGGUAGACUGUGCACAAUCUAUCGUAAUCGUGAGCUAGGCUUGCUUUUGCCUACAUGGCUAAGAUACUAUAAUGAGAAGAGAUUAGAUGAGAUUAUAUUUCCUGAUCUAAAGGAAAAAAUGGACUCGUGUUCCUUGAAUACGUUUUCAUCCCUUGCUUAUCGAUGUCUAAAAAAAGAACGUGAAGAACGGCCAUCAAUGGCUGAGGUUAUGAAACAACUUGAGAUUGCACUUGAACAACAAGAGGAUUUUGAAGAAACGAUGAGGAUUCAAAAUCUUGUGAUAUCUUCAAUAUCAAAGACACCCCGAAAUCAAAAUUUCAUGCGAUUUCCAAAUGGAGUUCUUGUUGGAGAUGGCAAUACGUGGCUUUCAAUACUUCAGAGUGGAAAAGUGUGUGAAGUAAUAUCUGCAACAAAAUGCAUCUCUGCGGACUCACUUGUACAUGACGACACACAAAAUUUAAGGUUUUCAAACGUCCUAAAAGGUGGAAUGAACAAUGGUUUCACGAUAAAAGUGACAACUCAAUUCUUGUCAAGAAAGGUCAGGUACACUGUAAGCCUUGUAUUUAAACAUAACGGUACGCAUCAUGGGACACAUAUACCCUUUAAAUUCAAACUGAAUGAGGAGAGAUACUACUCUGAUUUGUGCAUGCCACAUGUGAGAGAUGAUGGAUGGCUAAUGAUAGAACUAUACCAAUUUACCAGCUACAAAAAAGAACAUGAUAUUGGGAUUCACUUCUUGCCACUCCUCAAUAUCGCUUCCUCAAGCAUCGAGUAUUUUCUUGAAGGCGUUGAAUUUCGUCCUGUCCAGUAUGUAAGUUAGUUGACAAGAUAUACAGUAUUUUCUUGUGAGUUCGAGUGUAUGAAACCUUUUCUACUUAAUGAAAAUUAGGAAAUUCUAUUUUGGUAAA